CCAAGCUGCGUUCAGCAAUGCACUCCUUCCCGCUCCCCCACACCGGCCUUGGCCCCCUCACCGGCUGUAGAAAAUGGUGAAAGAAACUACUUACUAUGAUGUUUUGGGGGUCAAACCCAAUGCCACCCAGGAAGAAUUGAAAAAGGCUUACAGGAAAUUGGCUUUGAAGUACCACCCUGACAAGAAUCCAAAUGAAGGAGAGAAGUUUAAACAGAUCUGUCAAGCUUAUGAAGUGCUCUCAGAUGCGAAGAAAAGGGAAUUAUAUGACAAAGGAGGAGAACAGGCAAUUAAAGAAGGUGGAGCAGGUGGUGGUUUUGGCUCCCCCAUGGACAUCUUUGAUAUGUUUUUUGGAGGAGGAGGAAGGAUGCAGAGAGAGAGGAGAGGUAAAAAUGUUGUGCAUCAGCUCUCUGUAACCUUAGAAGAUUUAUAUAAUGGUGCAACAAGAAAACUAGCUCUGCAAAAGAAUGUGAUUUGCGACAAAUGUGAAGGCCGAGGUGGUAAGAAAGGAGAGGUAGAAUGUUGUCCCUAUUGCCGAGGUACUGGAAUGAAAAUAAGAAUUCAUCAGAUAGGACCUGGAAUGGUUCAGCAAAUUCAAUCUGUGUGCAUGGAGUGCCAGGGCCAUGGGGAACGGAUCAGUCCUAAAGACAGAUGUAAAAGCUGCAAUGGAAGGAAGAUAGCUCGAGAAAAGAAGAUUCUAGAAGUUCAUAUUGACAAAGGCAUGAAAGAUGGCCAGAAGAUAACAUUCCAUGGUGAAGGAGACCAAGAACCUGGACUGGAACCAGGAGAUAUCAUCAUUGUUUUAGAUCAGAAGGACCAUGCUGUUUUUACUAGGCGAGGAGAGGAUCUUUUCAUGUGUAUGGACAUACAGCUGGUUGAAGCACUGUGCGGCUUUCAAAAGCAAAUAUCUACUCUAGACAACAGAACCAUUGUCAUUACCUCUCAUCCAGGUCAGAUUGUCAAGCAUGGAGAUAUCAAGUGUGUGCUGAAUGAAGGCAUGCCAAUUUAUCGUAGAUCAUAUGAAAAGGGUCGCCUAAUCAUCGAAUUUAAGGUAAACUUCCUUGAGAAUGGCUUUCUCUCUCCUGAUAAACUGUCUUUGCUAGAAAAGCUCCUACCUGAGAGGAAGGAAGUAGAAGAGACUGAUGAAAUGGACCAGGUAGAACUGGUGGACUUUGAUCCAAAUCAGGAAAGAAGGCGCCAUUACAAUGGAGGCUAUGAGGAUGAUGAACAUCACCCUAGGGGAGGUGUUCAGUGUCAGACCUCUUAAUGGGGCCAGUGAAGAACACUGCUGGCAUUUUAUAUGCAGUAAUGAACGAAUGAAGGACUAUAAUCAUAGCUCACUACUUGCUAUUAUUGUUUUUGUUUUAAUAUUCAACUAUAGUAGUGUUUUAAAAGUUAAAUGAAGAAUAAAAAAUAUAAAAGCUCUGACUUUGCCCUGUAUGUAUGAUGACUUCAGUGUGCAAGAUAAGUUUAAUACUUGUAAAAACUACUUUUAAAAAAUCUCCCCUAGCAUUUGUUAGAGGCCCGACCUUGUAAUUGAUCUCAGCUCUAUGUACAUUAACUAGUUUAGACUGAAAAUGCUAGGUAAAUGUAUUGACUUCAGUGUAUGACCCUUAAUUGUUAAGCUAUGAAGUUAAAACUUGUGUUUAAUUGGCAAUCAGAAAAAGAAUUUGUAAAGAAGUGUUGGUCUGUAGUUCUAUUAAGUGGGAUUCAUUGUGAUGCUUCUGCAUUUAUUCUGUUGCCUCAACUGUUACUUAAAGAUGGCAUGCUGUGUAA